GGCGGGGUAUCACGGAGGUGAGCUCUUUACUACAUCUUCCUUGUCUCCUCCGAGCCAACCGUAGUUCUAAGCCCCGACCUCCCCCACUUUUCACCUACAGCGCCGGCCUCUCCGGGUACCGCAGUAUACCAUAAUUGAAGAAAAAUGAUGGAAGAGAGUGGAAUAGAGACAACACCACCUGGGACUCCUCCACCAAAUCUCGCAGGACCGGCCGCCGCGGCUGCCAUGGCCUCCACCCCCCUGCCGUUAGCUGCGACCACUUCUUUUUCUUCUCCAAAUGUGUCCUCUGUGGAGUCCUUGCCACCGCAGGCGUAUUCGACUCCGCAGCCGUCCCUUCCUCCUGGGGGACCGUUUGCAGCUCCUGCUCCAGCUCCUUCUGUUCCACCCCUCGUGACGUCCGUAGCGCCUCCUGUUUCUCCACCAGCUGCAGCUGCCCUCAGCAAUCCUCCUUUAUUCCACUUGCCACCUUCAACUUCUGCCCCAAGUGCUCUUUUAUCUGCGCCACCUUCCGGUCCUCCUAUAUCAGGAUUUUCUGUCGGUUCAAAUUAUGACAUUACAAGGGGACAUGCAGGAAGAGCUCCCCAGACACCUCUGAUGCCAUCCUUUUCUGCACCUUCAGGAGCAGGUAUUUUGCCACCUCCCAUUACUCAGCAAGCUGGUUUGACAUCUCUGGCACAGGGGACUGGAACCACAUCUGCCAUUACAUUCCCCGAGGAGCAGGAAGAUCCUCGGAUUAGUAGAGGUCCAGAUGAAGCCUCCGCUGGUGGAAUCUGGGGUUUUAUUAAGGGUGUAGCUGGGAAUCCUAUGGUGAAAUCUGUGCUUGAUAAGACAAAACAUUCAGUAGAAAGCAUGAUCACAACGCUGGACCCUGGCAUGGCUCCCUACAUCAAAUCUGGAGGUGAAUUAGAUAUUGUAGUGACUUCAAAUAAAGAAGUAAAAGUUGCUGCCGUCCGCGAUGCCUUCCAGGAGGUCUUUGGUUUAGCUAUGGUUGUAGGCGAAGCUGGACAGUCCAAUAUUGCCCCACAGCCAGUGGGCUAUGCGGCUGGAUUAAAAGGUGCCCAGGAACGGAUAGAUAGCUUGCGUAGAUCCGGAGUGAUCCAUGAAAAACAGACAGCUGUGUCGGUAGAAAACUUCAUUGCAGAAUUACUACCUGACAAAUGGUUUGACAUUGGUUGUUUGGUGGUUGAGGAUCCCGUCCAUGGCAUUCAUCUAGAAACAUUUACACAAGCCACACCAGUACCUUUGGAAUUUGUACAACAGGCUCAAAGUCUAACUCCCCAGGACUACAAUCUGAGGUGGUCAGGCCUUUUGGUGACAGUGGGCGAAGUCUUGGAAAAGAGUUUACUGAACGUCAGCCGGACUGAUUGGCAUGUGGCCUUCACCGGCAUGUCACGCCGGCAGAUGAUCUACAGUGCAGCCAAGGCAGUCGCAGGCAUGUACAAACAGCGCCUGCCGCCCAGGACCGCGUGAGGGAAGGCUGGUCCAGGACCCGGAGACCUCCCCUCACUUUUAGCUUGAUGUUAAAUAAGAGGAUGUACCUUCUUAAAUUGAAUAGCUUUAGAGAAGCCAGCAACUUUUAUAAUUUUCAUGUAGGCUGCAAUUUUUCUUUUUCUAGAAAGGCAUGAUGUCAUUCAACAGAUGAAAAGAAAUCCUUUUUAUAAUAAUCUUAUUUCAAAUAUCAUAGUUCUCAAAAAAGAAAAUAUACAAAUACAUUUAUAGCACAAUUUAAUACAUUAAAUUUAUAAGAUGGAAAUUCAUGGGCAGAGACAUUAACUUAAUGAUACAUUCUUGAUUAUUUUGCUUUUUUAAAGACCUAGUUAAAGGGUCUGUUUAUUGAGUAUUCAUUCUCUAAAUGGAUUAUUUCUUCUUGCUUAAUUUUGUUCCUGUUAAUCUUUGAAACUUCUGUAUGUGCAUGUGAUCUCAGGUCUAAAUGCUGAGCAGUGCGCCCGACAGUUUACCCCAAGACCCCUACUUGUAUGGAGAUGUCACACAUUUCUAUGUGUGUUUUAACAAAAUGGGCCAAAUGAACCAAUUGAUCAUUUUCUCUUUUGGUCAUUGUGUGCACUAUACAUACCAUCUGGAAAAUUAAACUUUUUUUUUUUUUUUUUUUUUCAAAAUUUUUGGCAUUUCACAAAUUUGUACUAUAAACGUUGGGGUGAUAUGUUUUAUUUUUUCAUUGUUUUGUGACAGCAAAGGGGCAAAUGAGUCAAGUAUAUUUUAAAUCAGAAUUACUUGUGUUAUUUUUAUAUAGUACUCUUUGGUACUUGGAAGAAUAAAUUUUGACAACAGCCACUGUUUCUGCUUCUACUCCUAUCUCUAAACUGUGGUAGAGAAAUUUUUGCGAGGGCGUUAUUUUGUUGCUUAUGGGAUGGAAUACAUCUCAUUUUAAUUAAAGUUCCUCCUUUGUCUGCCUUAAACAUUGCUUUUCUAACUUUGUGCCCUUCUGCCUUUCCUUUUAUGGACGUUUUCAGAGAAACUAUUUUAUAUCCAGUCUGGUUUAUUUAGUUAUGUUUGUAUUUAGUGAAAGCUUUCUCCCCUUCAAAUAAUAUAUUUUACCAUUUUUAGAUUUAUAUGAAUCAGAAUUAAAUGUUUUUUUUCCUAUAUUGUUGAACUUUAUACGAGCAAGUUGAGAUAACUUUUUGAAGAUCAUUUCUCAUAUAAAUAUAAUUUAAUUUUUAUUUACUCUUCAGUACUUUAGAUAUAGAAGAAUUAGUAUACUCUCUGGCAGUUUUAUAAAAGGUUUUGAAGCUCUUAUCCUACACUAUCUCUAUACAUAAGGUUUGCUUUGUAUUAAUGUUAUUUCAGGUAAUUAUGUGGAUUUUUUCUAUUUUUACCUGAGGACGAGAAUUAAAUAUUAAUUUUGAAACUAUGAUCUGUGUUAAUUUCCAAGCCCUGUGUAAGACUGUAUAGUGAAAUUCAGACUUUGUCAUCAUUAGAAGGAAUGAGAAACAGAGAAGAGAUGUGACAAGUCGCACUAUGGUGCAGGGUCACAGGGACAGAACACUCUUUUUCCCCCUUCUUCAUAAGCAAAGAUAAGCCUUUUUCUACCAUUUACCCUUAUCUUUUAUUUUAAAAAGCUGUCCCUUUCAAAUAGUAUUUUAUCAUUGCACUGGCCUGAUGACAAAAACACAGGAUUUCAUCACCUACUGAAGGAAAGUAUGCCUGUACUGAAAUGUUUUCUUCUGCCUACGUCCUGUAAUAGGGAAAUUUUACGUAUCCUGAAAAUAAGUCUGAGUUUUUCUUUUUAUUUUACUAUAUCUCAGAUAGCUUUCUUGAUGUUUCUGCGGGUUGGUCUAACAGAAUCACAAACAUUGAUGUCUGUCUCCUUAGAUGACAGUUUUCCCCCAAAUCCCCAAAUAGCAAUGGCAGUUAUUCCACGGCUCUGGUGAAGCCAAAUAAUUUUUCUGCACCUGAUGACCUGUUAAGCCUCCUGUUCUUUGGAACAGUGUGAGUCUGUGAGGAGGAUUAGAGAAGGGCAGAUGGAAGAGAGAAAUACAUGAUCUGGCCUGGUCUUUUCUGAUUCCUUUUUUGGCCCAGGGUUCUCUUUGAAAGGCUGCAGAGCGUGACUGACUCCACAUGCUCAGCUCACCCAACUCUUGUUGCUUACUCCUUAGUGUUCUCUGCUGUACAGGGGCGAGGAAAGUCAACCCCGUCUCUACAACACCAGGGCAACUUAGCCAGGCCAUCUUAGCGGUGGGGUUUAGGCAUAAGGUACGCUGGGCAUCAAAGGCCGCACUUCCCUUUCCUAGUCAUCCAGUCCCUGGGUUUUUCUUCCUGCCCACUUUCUUGUAACUUCCACACUAGCCUUUGGGGAGGGUGGUGAUGGCAGGGGCACUAUUUGCUUUUGGCUUCCCUUCAGCUUCUCGGGAAAACCCAUUUUCAGCAUGGUUUCUCACCACUGUUGUGGUUGUUUUGUGACAUUUGUUUUUUUCCUGAAGAUUUCCAGGUUAUUGAAGGUGCUCAAAUUAUUCUGUUCAAAAUCCUUCUAUCUUUUAAUCUUGCUUUUUGAGAUGGAGUCUCGCUGUGUUUCACGGGCUGGAGUACAGUGGUGUGGUCACAGCUCACUGCAGCCUGAAUCUCCUGGGCUCAAGUGAUCUUUGCUAAUCAGCCUCCUGAGUAGCUAGGAUGACAGGUGUGUACCAUAUGCCCGCUAGUUCUUUUUUUGUAGAGACGGGGUCUCUUACUAUGUUGCCUAGGCUAGUCUCAAAUGCCUGGCCUCAAGCAGUCCUCUCACCUGGGCCUUCCACAGUGCCGCCUCUGUAGGCAUGAGCCACUGUGCCUGUCCAGGGUCCUUACAUUAAGAUUUUGAGGUAACCCCAGACCUAAGUUGUGCCAGUCUUGGGAAGCUGGAAAAGCUUUAGGCAAUCCUAGGAGGUUCCUCUGCCUAGUCUCCUGUCUUUACUAUUUUCCCAUUCUCUGUUCUUUCUCUUAAGGGUUAGUUAAGUAAAAAAUUGAGAUAAAUGAAUAUGGACAAAGUGAUAGUGUAUGUGAGAGUACACAUGAAAAUAUCACAUGUAUCCAAAAAUACGCAAAUUAGUAGCUACUCAGGGUCAGCUAAAGUACUUUCAUAUGCUGUUGAAUUUAUUCUGUUCCUUGCCUAGAAAAAGAUUAUACACAGGACUUUGUGAUUUCUGAAACCAAAUUUAUAAUAUUCUGUUCUAAACGUUGUUGGGUUAUAUAUACAUUAUUAAGAAGUAGGGUUUUUUACUCCCAGGAUAUGGGAUUCAUUUUAUGAUAUUCUGCAGGAUCUGAUGUAUUGAAUAAGAUCAAUUUUGUAAGUAUGUAAAUAUUUCACAAAUAAAUAAUACUUUGUCUUAAUU